UCUCUAUUUAGGAUGGUUUGGGUAAAGCAUAUGCCUGGGGAUCAUGCACAUAUUCGACAUUAGAGGUGCAGCCAAAAGGUAGAAGUAGGUGUCGGCUGUUGGGUUAAGGGAGGACUUGGCUCCUUGGCUGCGUGGAGAGGCGCCCAAAGGCCAGGUGAGGGCCUAGCGGUAGACCAGCGGUGGUAGUGCUGAAACCGGACCCACCGGCUGCGGCCCUAGGAGCAGAAGGGGAGAAGUGAUCUCAAUCAUCCGAGGCUGACGGCUAUGGCUGCACCCAUUGCUUGUUCCUUCAAUUUCUCCUCCAUCUCUUCCCCCUCUCAGCGACUUCGUUCUCCCCUCUUGCUUGGAUCGCCAACUCUCCUCACCAACACCAGACGCAACCGUCGGUUCGCCGGAGUUGCAAUGGCAAGCUUCAACCAAGCGACCACAUGCCAAGGAGUCCAAAUCGUGGAAGGGCUCGGGAGAUUGCCCAAGCUCUUGGCAAAAUCUUCUGACGGUUCUGAGGUUGAAAUCUACUUAUUUGGUGGAUGUAUUACCUCCUGGAAGUUGGAAGAUGGGAAGGAUAUACUAUUCGUCCGACCAGACUCUGCAUUCAAUGGUCAAAAGCCCAUCAGUGGUGGCAUCCCUCAUUGCUUUCCUCAGUUUGGACCUGGUCAAAUGCAACAGCAUGGAUUUGCACGGAAUAUGACAUGGUCCCUUACCAACUCUGAGAAUACUGAAGGAAAUCCUCUCAUAACUUUAGAGAUCAAAGACAACCCUUAUAGCCAUUCUAUGUGGAAUUACAGCUUUGCAGCUCAAUACAAGAUCUUCCUAAAACCUCGAAGUCUUUCAACAGAACUGGUUAUAACAAAUACUGACAAGAAGGCUUUCUCAUUCAAUGGUGCACUUCAUACAUACUUCCGUGCUGCUUCUACAAAGGUAUCAGUGAAGGGUCUGAAAGGCUGUAAAACUCUUAACAAGGAUCCAGAUCCUGUAAAUCCGUCAGAGGGCUUUGAGGAGAGAGAAGUGGUUAAUUUCCCUGGCUUUGUUGAUUGCAUCUACCUUGAUGCACCUAAUGAGCUACUCUUGGAAAACGGCCUAGGUGACACGAUUUCCAUUAAAAACACAGGUUGGUCAGAUGCUGUGUUGUGGAAUCCGUAUUUGCAGAUGGAGGCUUUCUAUAAAGAUUUUGUUUGCGUUGAGAAUGCAAAGAUCGGAACAGUUCAACUGGAGCCUGGCCAAUCAUGGACUGCAGAACAGCACAUUAACAUUAUCAGCUGAAAUUUCAUGUCUCCAAUUUACACUCAGGAGCGCAUCCCUUGGUUGGUUUCCUUGAAAGAAUGUGAGCUCGAUAGAAUUGAAUAAAGUUGGCCAAGAAACAUGCUUCCGUGGAUGUACACCAGUUAAAAGUUUUAUGAAACAAGCGUUCCUGUAAAUUCUUUUUCGGUUGCUUGGAGUAUUGUUUCAGGUUCAAGCAAAAGUUCACAUAGACAGGUCCAUCUCCCUUCUGAACCUUGCCAAUUGCAUGUGUACACGUGCAUUUUAGUCUGUUAAACAUAAGGACAGCGUGUCCUUCCUUGGUUUAUGGGAAUUUGCAUCCUUGCACUGUCAUCUGCCAAUAAA